CACAGUUAAAGAAGAAGAAGUGGUUAGUAGGAGAAAGAUAUCUGGCUAGCGUUGGACAUAUCGGUAACACUUGAAGUUGAUCAAUCAUGUCAGUGAAAUCGUGUUGUAUUUACAGUACGGGAGUGAUUUCUAUUCUAACUUUAAUAGCAGGCAUAGUUCUGGUGCUUUCGCAGGUGUUUCAAAAUAUCCUCAACGCGAAGAUCAAAAAGGAGAUUGUGCUCAGGAAUGGCACACAUGCAUUUGAUGUGUGGGAAAACCCACCUCCUCCAGUCUACAUGCAGUUCUACUUCUUUAAUGUGACCAACCCGGCAGAGGUACUGAAGGGAGAGCGGCCUGCUGUUCUCGAGGUCGGACCUUACACGUACAGGGAGUUUCGUCCAAUGGAGCGAGUGAAUUUCCUGGAGAAUGGAACCAAAGUGUCAGCUGUCAACACUAAGACCUAUGUGUUUCAGUCUGACAUGUCUAAAGGACCAGAGAGUGACCUGAUUAGAACAGUCAACAUCCCAGCUAUGACGGUGAUGGAAAAAUUCAAGGAUACGUCAGUUAUUGCCAAUCUCAUCUCAUCUUACAUGAAGUCGGUGAAUGAAGGCCUGUUCACUACACACACUGUGGGAGAACUGCUUUGGGGCUAUGAGGAUGGCCUUCUCAAAGCUAUGAAAGUAGUGGACCCUACAUUAGAUGAUGUGUUUGGACUCUUCUACAAGCAAAAUGCUACAGAUGACGGAGAGUAUGUGUUUCUGACCGGUCAGCAGAGUUAUAAGGACUUUGCCGUUAUAGAUCAGUGGAAAGGUCAAAGCUCUCUGAAAUGGUGGACCACAGAUGAGUGUAACAUGAUCAAUGGGACCAAUGGGGCCUCCUUUCAUCCAAUCAUCACCAAGAACGAGACCCUCUACAUGUUUUCCUCAGAUCUCUGCAGAUCUAUCUAUGCCAUCUAUGAGGAGGAGAUCAGUGUGAUGGGCGUCCCAGGCUACAGGUUCUCUCCACCCAGCAAGGUAUUUGCCAACACAACAGAGAACGCUGGUUUCUGUUCCCCACCAGGGAACUGUCUGGGCUCUGGCGUGCUCCAAGUCAGUGCCUGCAAACAAGAUGCUCCGAUCGUCAUGUCUUCUCCACACUUCUACCAGGCAGAUGAGAAGUUUGUCAAAGACAUCUUCGGGAUGAAACCAAACAAGGAGCAACACGAAACCAUCAUAGAUAUCAACCCGCUUACAGGCAUCGUACUUCAGGCUGCUAAGAGACUUCAAGUGAAUGUGUUCGUGGAGAAGAUUCCUGUGUUUAGCCAAACAGGUGAUAUCAGGACUCUGGUGUUUCCUGUACUCUAUCUCAAUGAGAGUAUUGUGAUCGAUGAGGUAUCAGCCAAACAGCUGCAGGUGAUCGUGGCGGAGGGCAACAUAGUGGUCAACAUACCCUUUAUGCUGAUUGGCUUAGGCAUCCUCCUGGGCGUGAUCUUCAUGGUGGCCCAGUGUCGUCAACGGAUCCCAGAGAGCUCUUCUGCCGAACGCCAGCCCCUUCUGAAGUCCUAGUCCCACAAGAAGUAGAAUUCGCUCCACCGGAAGUGGUAUCCUGGGAGGACAGGAUUAGGAUUGCCAUCCAUGUUUUGUUAACAAUAUCAAGGGUUCUGACUGUGUACUAUCUCCACUUUACCAGAUUUAAUCAGCUUCUACCCUGUAACCAUAACCUCACUAUUGACUCUACUGUAAGGCUAGAUCAGGAACCGGAUUGAGAAUGUUUUUUAAUCUUUGAAAAUGAAUAGUUAAAAUAAUUUCUAAAAUCUGACAUUUUAAUCUGUUUUUUAUUUUUAUCCAAAAUUGUGUUGUUUUUUUUACAUGAGUUACACGGAAGCUAACUGUACAUUUUAUUUAAUAUUUUUUCUUGCUUUUAAAUGUUGUGUUUUCGGGUCACCCAGAGAGAUGGAACACUGAUAGCAGGGAAUGGGAGAGGAUAGAAGCUCGGGCAGAUUGCCAAGAUCAUGUCAGCCAUUGAGAGGCUGUUGAAAAGAAUUGCAAUAUUAUUAUAAUCUAUCGCUGUCAUUAUUAGGAUUCGGAAUGUUGUAAAACUUCAAUUAAUAGCCUGGGUGUUUAUUUGCUUAAAUCACUUAACACAACAGAUGUAUAUUAGAGACAGGCUUCUAUUUGAGCCAGGCGUCUAUUUCCUUACUGCACACAACUUUUUGUUAAUUUCCAUAGUUAAUUGUUUAAUUCCAGCAUUCACUUCCAGUAUUCUAAUCAUUUACAUACUGUCAAGUUUAUUUUCUGUUAGUAUGCCUUUUAUUUAGAAAAAAAAUGUGUUUCUUUGACAAAAUAAUGAUUCUCUUUGACUGUGCAUUUUCGGAAGUUCUUACUUUCACCACUAACUAGAGGGCGAUCUGACCGGGGCUCUGUACUCCCGAAGUUGUUGACUGUUUUUGUGCUUGCCAGUUAGUUAGCAGUUCUCAGCAGUUAGCAGCCAAAUGCUAGAGGUUUCUUUUAAUGACGAUUAAAAACGGAUGAUUGCUAUAAUUUGAGUCGUUACCGAAUUGUUUAAUGUAACAAGUCAAACCUCGUAAACAAUUCAUGUCAACCUCGUAAAAUAAUUCAUUUAGAGCCCAGGCAUUUAUUUGAAAUGGCCGUUUAUUUGCUGAAAUAUGUGCCGUCGCCUGGCUAUUAAAAGGGACAGGUGGCUAUAUGAGACUUUUAAUUGAAGUUUUACAGUGUAUCAAAACAUCCCCCAUUUGGACUGCUGGCGUCAGCGCAGGGAAGUUAUUCUUAUAUUACACACCCCGGUGACAUUGUCACUUUUAUAUAUGUUUUUAUACUGCUUGUCAGCCUAUGAGGAAUGAUCUGUCUGGUCGGCCUAUGAGGAAUGAUCUGUCUGGUCGGCCUAUGAGGAAUGAUCUGUCUGGUCGGCCUAAGAGGAAUGAUCUGUCUGGUCGGCCUAUGAGGAAUGAUCUGUCUGAUCGGCCUAAGAGGAAUGAUCUGUCUGGUCGGCCUAUGAGGAAUGAUCUGUCUGGUCGGCCUAAGAGGAAUGAUCUGUCUGGUCGGCCUAUGAGGAAUGAUCUGUCUGGUCGGCCUAUGAGGAAUGAUCUGUCUGGUCGGCCUAAGAGGAAUGAUCUGUCUGGUCGGCCUAUGAGGUAUUAUCUGUCUGGUUUGUGUGAAAUAAGAGCUACAGGGUCGGGGUCAAUUCCAUUUAAAUUCAGGUGGUUAACUGAAAUUUAAAAAAAAAAAUCCUGGGUUGACUGAAUUGAAAUGGAAUUUUCACCACCUCUGAUUAACUACAUACGUAUUGGGGUAUGUUAUCAACAUUUUAUCAAACAGAUCAGUGAAUCUGUACAUACAUUAGGACAUGUAUUUAGUCAGCAGGCAUUAGAAUCCACUGUUAAAUAUAUCAUUGCUAAUUGAUACCGUGUCAAAACAAUUCUAAGUUAGAGUAUAGCCGCAUGAGAAAAUACUGGAUAUUUGCAUGACAACAAUGUUCUGCUGCCUGGGCUUGUGAUCACUGAGAGAAGUGGCAAAUCAUAUGCUGAUAUUCCUGCUUCCGGAAUCUGCAUUUGAAAACGUUGUUUCCAAUUUCUUUAUUUUUGUGAUGAACCAAUUUCACAACGGACAGGCAUGUGGUAUUCUUGUCUAUUUUAGCGUGAUAAAAGAGUAUCGGUAACAUUCAACUAGCAAUCUACUAACCCUAAACUUUAUCCUUACCCUAAACGUAACCCUUACCCUAAACUCUUAGUCUAAAACUAGUUAGUUAACACUAACCUUAGCAAGCAGUUAUAACCUUAGCAAGCCGUUAUAACCUUAGCAAGCAGUUGCUUAUCAACAGGUAGUUGGUUGAUAGUAUGACCAUCUGUGGAGCAUCCAAGUAAUGUUCACAACUCUAUGUUCCGAUCACUGGUAUGCAUAGUUGCAGACUACUUUUUUUCAUAUUCAUUUUUCUGUCCUUCAUCUGAACUAGUAUGAGUUAAUUGUUAUUGGACAUGUGUGUUAUUAUUUUUGAUGAGAGAGAACUGGACGGGUUUGUUGUUGUAAGAAACAAUAAAAUACUUCACUACCAUGUCACAAAAAAAUUCAAUAAUAUAUUUUAACAUUAUUUACAUUGUGUGUGUGUGUGUGUGUACAAUCUUGACAAUUAUAUACAAAUAAAUAAUUUACAAAUAAAUAAUGUCUCCAUGGCAUCGUCACAGUUUUAAACAUAUCUUCCACAGACAUUCUUUUUUCUUGUCAAUAAACUGCUUCAUGUUG